AUGGAGGAGAACAGAUCGCGGCCCCAGACCGGGAGCUCUGACCACGAAGAUGUAGGUGCUCGCAUGGAAAAUGCAAGGGAGGAGGGGCUCGACACUGACUCCAACUCCUUUGCCCAGGACAACUUCGAGGACGCUGCAAGCAUGGCGCGCUCCCACUCCGGCGAACGCUCGCUGACCGGUCGGCGCUCGUCGACCGACUCGAAAACCACCCUCGACAAGCGGGACUCGGACGUCUACGAUGUGCCCCCUGUGCCUGCUCUGCCCGCCGAGCACAUGGAGUCGAACGGCCAAGACUCUGCACGCGACGACAACAAAGUCGACGACGAAACCGGCCAUAAAGAAGAAGAGGAAGAAGACAAUGCCAGCACCACAAAGUCCCCGCCCGCCAAAGCUACCAGCUUGCUUUCGAGCGAGUCGAUGGACGAGGUGAACCUCGACGAAGAGGGCAAGAAGUCCGCAAACCAUUCCCGCAAUUCGACCCUCGCAGAGGUGCCCUCCAAGCCCGUCGAUCAUCGCGAUUCCAACGGCUCGAUGCAUGGCCUGUCGGGGCAUGUGCCCACCGUGCAGUUCCCUCCACCGCCACCUCCGCCCGAGAAAGUUGAGCUCGCUCCUCCGCCCCCGCCUCCGAAGCGCUCUCUCACAAGUCCGUUCGCAUGGCUUUCGAGAGGAAGCAGCGAGAAGAAGUCGCCUCCAUCGUCCAAGGAGACGAGCCGAAGAGGAACCAACGCAUCCGUCGCAACAGUCGGCAGUAAUCACGAUAUCAUGGAGAAUGGACACGAAGGCAGCAAUGGAAGUGGCAGCGCGAGGUCUAGCCGCCACAGUCUCAAGGACCGCUUCAAGUACGCUCGCAUGCGCGAAGAGGCCGGCAUUGCCAUUGACGAGGAGGGCGAAGUUGAUCUUGUUCCGCCCAAGAAUAGCCUGACGGCUGGCCGCUCCUUGAGCGUCAGUGUUCCGGGCGAGAAAGAGGAGGAGGCUCCACCCAUGACCCGCGUCGCUUCCAGCCCUGGGGCGCCAACACAUCAACCGACCAUCAACCCCAAUCUUGCGCCCGGCACCGCCGCUGGUACAGCCAUCGGUCCCGAUGAUGACAGUGCACCCCCCGUCGACUGGGACCUUUGGCAGUCCGUCGUCUACGAGGGUCCCGCCGCGGUAGCCAGGACAAGUGCCGAGGAGCUGAAUCAAGCCAUAGCUAGUGGCAUACCUCAGCCAAUCCGAGGCGUCGUCUGGCAGGUACUUGCGCAAAGCAAGAAUGAGGACUUGGAGGUUGUCUACAAGGACUUGGUUGCUCGGGGUACGGACAAGGAGAAGGUGCUUUCGAAUGUCCCGCAGCUCCCCCGCAAUGACAGUAGCGAAGAUAUUCACAAGAAGAAGGAAUCCGUCACGUCAUCCGCAUCGUCGCAACAUUCAGACUACUCGACGCCUGCCACGACAACGACCGGUGGGACCGCAAACGGAGUGAACGGCAUGAGUUCGCCGACUCAAAACGGCACGCACGACCCUCAUAUGUCCGCAAAAAUGCUGGAGGAGAGAAAAAAGAAGCAAAAGGAGGAUGCCUCGGCGUUGGUGAAGCUCGAGAAGCAGAUCAAGCGUGACCUUGGUGCCAGGACCAGUUAUUCAAAGUAUCUGAUGGCAGCUGGCCUGCAGGACGGACUUUUCAACCUUUGCAAGGCUUAUGCGCUGUUUGAUGCCGAAGUGGGAUACCCACAGGGCGUCAAUUUCAUUGCGAUGCCCCUGCUUUUCAACAUGCCCGAAGAAGAGGCGUUCUGUCUGCUGGUCCGCUUGAUGAACAAGUACGGCCUGCGCGACCUGUUCGUUCACGACAUGCCCGGCCUCCACCUGCACCUAUACCAAUUCGAACGUUUGCUCGAGGAGUUCGAGCCCGCUCUCUACUGCCAUCUGCACCGCCGCGGUGUUUCUCCUCAGCUCUAUGCGACACAAUGGUUCUUGACCCUAUUCGCCUACCGAUUCCCUCUCCAACUUGUCCUACGCAUCUACGACCUUAUCCUGAGCGAGGGCCUAGAGAGCGCCAUCUUGAAGUUCGGUAUCGUUCUGAUGCAGAGGAACUCUCAGACUCUUCUUGAAAUGAAAGACAUGUCGCACCUCACAACCUUCCUCAAGGAGCGUCUGUUUGACGUCUACAUUGACAAGGCUCCGACUCAGUCUUCUCUUCUGGAAUCUGGCUUCUUUGGUAGCGCUGGCGGCGUGGACAAGGAAGUCUACCGGGCUGACAAGCUGGUUCAAGAUGCGUGUUCCGUCAAGAUUACUCCAGAGAUGCUCCAAGCCUACGCUGCUGAGUGGAGAGAGAAGCAACGGAUUGAGAAGGAACGCGAGGCCGAGAUUGAAGGCCUUAAGGCAACGGUUCACUCGUUGACUUCCAAGGUCCGCAAUCUUGAGGAGCGAACGGAGAAGUCUGAUACCGAGCAUGUCGCUUUAGCUUCGGAGCUCGUUCGCACGAAGGUGGAAAACGAAAGGCUGACGGAUGAGAACGAGAGUAUGAAGGGGCAAGUUGAGGAAUUGAGGAAGUUGGUGGAUCUUCAAGGCCAAGAGGUUGAGGAUCGUAUGAAUGAGCAGCUCCAUGUCGCUAUGCGUCGCAACAGCGAGGUUCAGACCGCCAACAGGGCUCUCGAGGAGCAAUUGGCGGAGGCCGAGAAGGAGCUCGUAGAGACGAAGCUUCAGUGGGCUCAGAUUAACGCUGAUCACGAGACACUUCGGCAAAAGUGGAGUAAUGUGCAAAACAUGCUCAACUCGUAA